UAUCCGACAACCUUGAAGUAUCAUGAGUUGUCUACAUCAAGACCAUCCAAGGCGAAACAGCAGCACCUGUUCGAUCCAGCUUUAUUUGAAGCGGCGAUCGUAACUCUUCACAACUCGAUCACCAAACUGAGGUACCUUUAACGGUACCUCCCCCCCUGGGCUUCCACGGUUAAGCCUUGCGCUCCCAUGGGUCCUUGACCCUCCGCUCUUGAAGAUGGCAUGAGUAGACCAACUUCUUCGGCCAGUUGAAUCUAAACAGCGGCAUGACUUUGUACCCGCUAGUCAUGGGGAUGACAUCGUACCUUAAGUACUAGCAGCGCGCCAAAUUCGAAAAUAAGUGGUCUCAAAAAGUACCACCGGUGCCGGGUGCCUUCUCACGUGAGAACCAUUCAAACAUGACAAUUUUGGCGUGUCUUCAUUUGAUACUUUGAUGAUAUCGUUGUGCCCUUUCUUGAUGUGAUGAUUUCAUGUGAAAUCCUGCGAUAUUGAUAUUUAUUUUAAUAGAGUUUAUUGAACCGUUUCUGGCAGCCUGCAAGAUGCAACCGGCUCCAAUCAUAACAUUUCUGUCAUUCGUCUUGGAACUGUGCAGUGCAUCCCCUGUAUAUAAUAUGCAGCCAGCUUUCAUAACGACGCAUAUAGGGACAACUGGUAGAAACAUAAGAAAUUUGCCAUGUAUAUCAAGAAAGACCAACGAGAAGGGUGUAUGUAUAUUUGCCAUGAACUGUGUGAAAGCCAAUGGGACCCAUCUGGGUACAUGUAUAGACAAAUUCUAUUUUGGCUCAUGUUGCCAAUUGCCUACCGUUAACGAAAUAGACAAUAGCAUAGACUCAGAUAUAAUUCCCUCGAGAGAGCCUCCUAAUAGGCUGUCAACGCUGAAGCCAGUAAUCACAACCCUCAUGCACUCGACGACAACGAGUGAAAAACCAACAACAACUACAACAACACAAAAAUCCACAACGUCAUCUACCAAAGAUCAAAAGACUACAACAGAAUACAAAUUAUCGACUGAGUUCAACAUUCAAAAUUUCACUAGGUUACCGUCCAUUGCUGAGGAUUCCCCAGAUACGGAAACAACAACGAUUUCCCAAAAGCUCACAACUUUCUUGUCCAUCAAUGGAUCUCCGAGUACGACGAUAAUCCCAGAGACAACUAAGACUUCACAGGUUGUGACGCGAAAGCCUAAACCAACGACGACGAAGAUCACUUCAAAAACCACUCCUAGACCCACAACGAAACCUAGUCCUAAACCCUCCACGAAGCCCGUAAAAGUAACAAGUAGGCCCAAGCCUACAACUAGUACAUCCAAACCGCUCAAGACAACGAAACCAACCAAAACCCCCACCAAGAGGCCGGUGGUUACCGUGAAAGGGCCAGUAUCAACAAGGAAGCCAAGCACCACAACUAAAUUGACAAGAAAACCCGCAGUUUCAACGACAACUAGAACACCCACGACAACAGCAAUAAAAACAACAACAUUGAAGGCUGUCAACGCAACGAUAACCACAACUCAGCAGCCAACAACAAACAUUCUGCUCAAUAUAAUCACAACAGCUCCACCUACAGUUGGUGAACAAAUUACUUCAAACGAGAUACCAUUAGAUGUCACAAAAUCUCCAAGACCUCCAACACCAUCAGUAGUAACAACACAGUCACCCUCUCUAGUUACUUGGACUGUAGAUGAAAGUACAACCAAGAAGAAUAUUUCUGAAGAAGCGGCUACAGUCACCACUACAACAGAAGAUUGGAAACCAAUCACCACUCCAGAUGGUUGGGUACUUCUUCCAUCUGUAUCACCUUCCACAGCUUCUGGUGAUCUACCGAAAGAUGAAAACAUAACGACCUCAUCACCGAAGAACAAUCUGACAACUCUAACAGCCGAGGAAACGACUACUCCAUUUGUAGCCUUAAACUUGACCACUUCUGCACCAUCAGAGCUUCCUGGAAAUGACAGCGAGGUCGUGACAACAAGCUCUAUCACAGAGGCAACACCUUUAACCCAUGGACCUACGGAAGCAGCCCCUGCAACCGUAUCUAGUAGUACGCAAACAUUCACAUUGUCAACUCAAACUCCUUCCUUCGGCACAUCAACUACUAUUCAGAACGAAGUAACAAGUUCGAUGAAUAUGAGCGACUUCACUUCCGUUUGUGGAAGGAGGAUGUACCCAGAAGCAAGAAUCGUGGGAGGAGAGAAAGCGCCAUUUGGAAAAUGGCCUUGGCAGAUAUCCUUACGUCAAUGGAGAACUUCAACUUUCCUCCACAAGUGUGGUGCUGCACUUUUGAACGAGAACUGGGCUAUAACAGCAGCUCAUUGUGUGGACAACGUGCCACCCAGUGACCUACUUCUGCGUUUGGGGGAGCACGAUCUCUCCACCGAAUCGGAGCCCUACUUGCAUCAGGAACGCAGGGUGCAGAUAGUGGCGUCCCAUCCCCAAUUCGACCCUAGGACCUUCGAAUACGACCUGGCCCUACUGAGGUUCUACGAGCCCGUGACGUUCCAGCCCAACAUCAUACCGGUCUGCGUGCCCCAAACGGACGAGAACUUUGUCGGGAGGACAGCCUACGUCACUGGAUGGGGCAGGCUCUAUGAAGAUGGUCCCCUGCCAUCCGUUCUCCAGGAAGUGUCUGUUCCAGUGAUUAACAACUCGGUGUGCGAGUCCAUGUACCGAUCUGCAGGCUAUAUAGAGCACAUACCUCACAUUUUCAUCUGCGCCGGUUGGAGACGAGGAGGAUUCGACUCCUGCGAAGGUGAUUCCGGAGGACCGAUGGUCAUCCAGAGAGAAGACAAGAGGUUCCUCCUCGCAGGAGUCAUAUCCUGGGGGAUUGGAUGUGCGGAACCUAAUCAACCCGGAGUGUAUACGAGAAUAAGUGAAUUCAGAGAUUGGAUUAACCAGAUUCUACAGUUCUGAUUGAUGAUUUUUCGUAGAUAGUGAAUGUGCCGAACUUUGAACCAUUUUCUACGAUACUCUACGAAAUGCUAUUAGGACAUUUCUUUGUGAUGAAAGUAUUUCUUGUAUGACGAACGAAAAGUGGAAUGUGGUGCUAGACUUGAUUGUGAAUACGCAAAAUCUGAACAUUAUUUAUUGAUCACUUGAAAUCUCAGUAGUUGUUACGAUUUGUUAUUUAUUACCGAAAUUGAUUUACUGCUUUGUGUAAAUUAUUUAUCAAGAUGCCAGAAGAAGAAAUAUAUUUAUAUAGAAAAAGUU